AUCGUAAACCAUUUAAAAAUGAAUAAAAAGUCAGCAAGACUCUACUAUGUAUUUAGAACUUGGAAGAUUUCUCGACUUGACAAUUAACUUUGAUUUACUAGCUCAAGUUAAACUUAUUCUAGAGUUUCUCGCAUGUUCGAGUCGAGUUUCUAAACUAGUUAAAACCAUUUUUUUAUUACUUAAUUCAAAAUUACAGUAAGUAUAUACCUACAUACGGAAACAGAAAAGUAUCAAAAGUUGUUGGUCUCGGUAUAUAAGGUCCUUUCAUACGUUGAAAGAAAAUUGAAUUCGUUGUAGCGUUUAAUAGCAGUUCAAUCCAUAGCUUCUUGUUUAGUAUAAAAAGGGACGCCCGAGCUUUCAAAGCAUCAGUACAGUAGCAACCUUCUACAGUUCACAUUCAGGGAAAAUAAAAUACAAUCUCAUCCAAGUACUAGUGACUAUGAAUAAGUGGCGUUUACUACUUUUUUCGGUUCUCGGCCUAUUGCAGUCAGCUUCGGCAGAACGCAACUUCGUUGAUGGAAGGGGCCGUUAUCGUUCAGAUACGAGGCUUUCUAUCGAAGACCCUUACCGCGUCUAUAAACCUCUAAAUGAAGAACGACAACUGAAUGCACCAAAAGAUUUCGAUUAUCGAGCCAGAGAUGCUGAGUCGAUUGCAGCACGUGCACUACGUCGCUUUAAACAUCGUGAGCUUAUACUGACUGAUCGUCGAAGAACAAUUGAAGCAGAGACAUACAGAGUUCAUGCUCAAAGUGAUAGACGAGGGUUGAGAUCAAUAAAUGAAAAACAUGAUGAGGCUGCUCGAGUCGAUGAGCGUAGGAACCGUGUGGUAAACCGAGAACGGAACAUAGAUCAUCUAGAAAAAUCUAGAGAUUUACGUCGUGGCGUUACAUCAGGAAAUAGAGUUAAUACUGUAGAAACAAGGCAAUACGAUGACAUUACUCUGAAAAAAAUUGCAACGAAUUCACAAGAUAGAAGAGUUUUUAAUAGGCACACUGACACCGAUCACAAGGUAUCUGAAAGUAGAACUCGUCUUAUCGAUGUAAGGAAUGAUCGUGCUAUGCCUGAAAAAAGAUUUGUGAAUCGUGAAUUACUUCGAAGAACUAUUUACGAAGAGCCCGAACGUAGAGAAGUUAGACCAUUCGCAAGAACAUCUAUUGUUAUAAAAAAUAGAAUUAAUAAUGACGUACUGGGCACCAGACUAAGCUUAAAGAAUGAUAAUACACGAAAUAUGGAAAUUUCACGGUUAAACAUAUUUAGGCAACAUGUUCCAAGCUACGAUGUAACAAAAAUGGAAACCAGAACCGACUUUCAGCGAAAUAGUAUAAUUAGAGACAAUGAUGCGAAGAAUAACGUAAGAGGAAAACGUAGCAUUGAUUCUAGACUAGGACCGGCUAUACAUUUAUACUGUGAAAACUACGAAAGGAGGAACGUAAGAUUCGGAAGCAACGACGAAAAUGUUCGCCAAUGUAACUCUCGGAAGCUAUCUAAUGAAAAAAGGGUAAUAGAAGUUUGUCAUACUCGGAAUGAUCGAAACAACAGGCUUCUAGAUACGAGACGCGAUCCCACCUACAUAACAUUGACGCUGACCCAAGAAGAACAAUCCCGAAUGCCAUCUAAUAGAGGCAGAGUAAAUGAAAUUCAGCGCACUUCAAAUAUUCGCGAUAGCUCACAAAAUUUGAUCCGUGAAAAUAGUAUAACACGUGACCUUCGAAAUACUAAUGAUAAUCAAGGAGUGGCGAGUUUGGCCAGACGGGAAUCUUCGCUAACAAGACAGUCACCGAUAUAUAAAAGAUCUACGCCAGAAUCUAACGAUAAACAGCGAAAUAUAUAUAGAAGUGUUUCAAUUGAAGAACGAGUAGGGCGUCAGCGUCAUAUUAUAAGAAAUGCUCGAGAUGAAAGUACUAAUAUACGACGUGAAAUAGCUUUGUCUAAAGAGAGGCAGUAUUUGAUUUCAAAAAUACCAGCAACAAUGGAACUAAUUGGAAAUACUGACAACUUCCGUCGCGUUAGCUAUCGAAGAACUUAUUCCGAAGAUAGAGUACUAUAUGAAAUUCAAAAUACUAGGAAUACCCUCGAAGAAAACCUGCGAUAUACGAGACGUCUUUUAAAUAAAGAACGGUAUGCGCCGUCUCAAAAAAUACGAGACAUACAGACAACGGAAAAUACUCCUGAAAUCCACCAAGACAGAUUUCGACGUUUAUCUGCUGGGAAGAGAACAGAAAAUGAAAUCCAACGAGUUCGAAAUGCUCGUGAUGAAAGAAAUAUAAAUAGAAGAAUUAAUGACAUAGAAAAUGUACGCCAAGAAAGGUCUCGAAGUUCUAGAGAUGAAAGACUAGUUCGCGGACAAAGAAUAAUGAACGAUAUUAGACACAAUAGGCAAGCUGGCGAAAAACAAGCAACCAAUGCAAUUCGACGUACAAGUAAUAUUCGCGAAGAAAGUGUUACUAAUGAAAUUGUACAUGCUCGAAAUGUUCUAGGAAGGCUUCGUGAUAACAGAGAAAAUGUCCGACAAGAAAGACCUCGAAGUUCAGUAAGAGAUGAAAGACUAGUUCACGGACAAAGAACAAGGAACGCUAUUCGACAAAAUAGGCAAGUUAGCGAAAAACAAUCAACAAAUGCAAUUCGACGUACAAGAAAUGUUCGCGAAGAAAGUGUUACUAAUGAACAUGCAACUAAUGUACAUGCUCGAAAUGUUCAAGAAAAGCCUAAUGACAACAGAGAAAAUGUCCGUCAAGAAAGGCUUCGAAGUUCCGUAAGAGAUGAAAGACUAGUUCACGUACAAAGAACAUGGAACGAUAUUCGACACAAUAGGCAAGCUGACGAAAAACAAGUAACAAAAUCAAUUCGACGUACAAGUAAUGUUCGCGAAGAAAGUGUUUUAUAUGGAAUUGUACAUGUUCGAAAUGUUCAAGAAAGGCUAAGUUUGCAACGCUUAAAUCGUUUAACCAGAAAUAGCCAACAUACCAACCGACCUGCUAGUGAAAGAUCCAUGGAUGAUACUCGCCGAGAAACUUCACGUAGUUUAUCUACGGAAAAAAGAGAAGUCAAUGAAGUUCAACAAACUAGAAAUGUACGCGAAAAUAGAUUAAUGAAGACAAAUGAAAUGCAACGUAAUUCCUACACUCGUGACGUAAGAGAAACAAUUGACAUUCGAAUUAAUAGCGAUGUAUUAAGGGCAACAAACGAAAAUCGACGAACUAAAACUACUCGUCACGAGAUUCUACGCAAUCGCGAUACCCAGGUAGAAAGAGCAAGAAAUGAAGUUCAACGUUCUCGAAAUUUCCAGGAAGAAAGGCUUUCAAGUGCGCGACGUAUAAUGGUUGCGGCUCGACAAGGAUCCACAAAUGCUAAUAAAAUUCAACUCAACCGGUAUCGUAGCACAUCGUCAAGAGAAAAAGGAACUGAUAAACGCCAGUUUAAUAGAAAUGGCAACCAAGAAGAAUAUAUGCUAAGCGCAUCUCUGUUCAGAGAGGACAAACGUUCAAUGAUACAAUUUUCUACAGGCCCAAUACCAGUUAAAAGUACUGAAAUAGGAAGCACAUUUGUAUUGAAGUGGCAAUACUUAUUCUACAUGUUGCAAGGAAUUUACUUAUUCAGUCUGUUUAGAAAAAUGCCUAAAGAAAAUUCGGAAUUUAAAAAAAAUAGGGCUGCAGACUGGAUUACAAUGUUGGAAUUUCUAAAGAUUCACUAAGGACAUUUUACCUGAGAAGAUAAUAAUAUGGCAAUAUAGGCUCUGUAUAAUUGUGAUGUUAUGUAUUUAAAAUAUUUAUAAACCAUUUAGCAAAAAUAAAAACAUGUUACAGUAUAACAAUAUCUCAUUUUUAUUUAAUUUGUCAGUGGAUACAAUUACUAUAAGCAAUCAAAGUAUUCUAAAAACAAACACUAUACUUUUGUUACAACACUAAAGGUUCUACUGGAUAUUUUCAAUUACUCUUAAAAAAAGGAAGCAAACACAAGUAAUAGAAUACAGC